AUGUCUGCAAUCCCUUACUUGCAAAAACAACUUCAUGAGCUUACGACGUGCCCGCCAGCAGGGUUUCGUAUAGAGUCGGAAGAUAUUUAUGUGUGGACCGUUUGGUUUACUGGACCUCAGGAAACUCCUUACGCCCCUGGUGUUUACCGUGCUGAGCUGCGGUUCCCCAAAGACUUCCCGAUGGAGCCCCCAACCUUUAAAAUGUUGUCAAGCAUUUGGCACCCGAAUGUUUAUCCCGAUGGUCGUGUGUGCAUUUCUAUUCUUCAUCCACCCGGAGAGGAUGAGAUGAACAAAGAGGAGACUGCCAUGAUGCGGUGGACGCCAAUUCAGACUAUACGGUCCGUACUUCUUUCUGUUGUUUCACUUUUUAGCGACCCCGAUCCCAAGGACGCCGGGGCCCCGGCCAAUGUUGAAGCCUUAGUGCAAUACCGCAAGAACCGUGAAGAGUUCAAUGAGCACUGCCGUCGGCUAGCAAACAAGUCGCUGUCGGAGCUUCCGGAAGAUUUUGUGCCCAUUCCUCAAGAGGAACCACCCGAGCGACCUACAAACUACGCUGCCUCCAUAGCAAUGGGGUAUGAUGACGACUACGAGGUGGUGGUGUGCGAUGCUCAAAAUAAGUUUCCUGACGAAUUGAGGCAAGUACGGGAAAUGGCUCUUGCACCUGAUAAGUCUGAUGCUGAACUUAUUGAUAUGCUCAUUAAAGUGAAGGGUGACGUGGCAACUCUAAUGGAGGCAUUGAUGUAG